AUGGCCCCAACCACCCCCCAGGUUGAGGACUGGAAGCAGAUCCGGAAACGCAACCUCCGCAUGAUGAGGAGGCAGGUCCGCAACAUUAUCCUACUGAUGGCACUCAUGGAAGCUAUGCGUGUUGGUCCCGUCGAGAUCGUGUACGCCGGUCGUCAUGGCUACCCAGCUCCAGCCCAGGAGGACUUUGGCAUUGCCUACACCGUCGGAUACGUCCUCAGCUGGCUCUACGUUUGUGCUUUCAUGAUUGUUUUCGUGCCCCUCUUCAGCUGGUGGAUCCCCAAUACCUCGUCCGACUCCAAGACCUCCUCCAUCGCCGAGAAACUUCUUGAAAUCCUCAAGAAGAUCAACAUGGUCCUCCUCCCCGUGUCCAUCGCCGUCAGCCUGCUCUGGCACAUCUGCUAUACCGUCCAGACCUUCAUCUACGUGGAAUCCCGACCCGUGGGAUCCCACGCCUGGCCCAAGCACACACGCAGGAACUGGCUUGUCCGCUUCUUCAUGUUGCUGGGCAUCGCCAUCUCAAUCUCUUGUGGCUAUGGUGCCCUUCAGAUCCUUGCGAACUUGGAUCUUGCGCACGUCAAGCCCUUGGAAUACGCCGUCAUCGUAAUCCCGGCACAAGUCAACUUUGGCGUCUUUUUGGGAUCGAUCAUGCAAUUCAAGAUGGAGAAGAGAAUCGCCAGGAAAGAGACCAUGAAGCUUCAGAAUGCCAAGGCUGACGGGGUUGCGGCUGAUGAAAAAGCUGCUCUCCUUGCGGUCUAG